AUGCCAAUGUUAGCUAUGAGUCAGGAUAAAUUUGAUGCUGCAGAAGUGUCGAUGUGCACUUUUUCAUGCUUUGAUUCGGUUGCAACUGUCAAAUUGAAUCCAUGUGGACAUCGUGUUGCUUGCGUCGAUUGUGCUGAGAAGACAGCCAUUAGAAGAUGUCCAGUUUGUUAUCAGUUUAUUGCAGGAGCACAUGAUCACGAUGGGACACAAGUUCAAAUUGGUUCUCGAUCAGGCGAAUCAACUGAUUUCGGCCGGCAACAUUCACAACUUUCUGCUGAAAUUUGUAAAAAGAUAGCUGAAGAUGCAGCUCGAGAAGCAAAAAUCGAAUUUGAAAGAGAGAAGCAAAAAGAGCUGAAUUUAUUGAGAAAAAAACUAGAACAGUUGGAGUUAGAGACUAGUUGUGCUAUUUGUAUGGAUUCCAAAAUUGAGAACACGACUUAUGGACGCCUGAAAAUGGCGUUCAAAGAAUAG